AUGCAGCAAAGGAAAUUCAGAGAACAAGUCCUAAACGGAGUUCGUCUCAUCCUUCAAGUCCGCGAAGCAGAAGAAAAAGAGAUGGGAUAUGCGCGUUUCGGUUGGGGUGAUCGUUUAUCAUUACCAUCAACAGCAGCAUCAGAUGUGGGUGCAGAAUACGAGGAGGCUUUUGGUGUUGUAGUGAGUGCAUUGGGGGGUUUUGCUCCUAGCCUAACAACAACACUAAGCAGACUAGUUAAAGAAAAAAGAAUACAAGUCAGAGCCCAAGAACCUGAGGAUACACCCCAACUCGAAUGCCCAUAUGAACCCUCACCACUAGGCAUCGCUAUACCCGGACACAGCUUCAUAUCACCCCUCACAGGCACCUUUCUCUCCUUUGCUUAUACACCCGAUGCGGGAGCCGCUGGACUCGCUCAGUUCAUCUGGCGUAAUUUGAUGCUAACGAAGUUGCAGGAGUUGAACCCAUUGAUGGCAUCGUUUGUAUCUCCCUCAUCAGCAGGAGUUGAACCCAUUGAUGGCAUCGUUUGUAUCUCCCUCUUCAGCAGGUGCAGCAGCAACCAGCAGCAGCAGCAACAGCAGCAGCAGCAGCAGCAGCAGCUGCAGCAGCGGGAGACGCAGCAGCAGUGUUCUGGCCCGCAGCAACUCUCUUCUUGUUGA